AUGGAUGCAGAAUCUACUACCCAGAACUUCAUUAAUGUAGCUAAGCAAGGUGAUAUAUCUCCUAGACAGAUGGAGGUAGGGAAAUCAGUUGGCAGAGGUAAGAAAAAACAACCAAGGGAUACUACUGGAGUGCAGCAAAUUAGGACUGUUGAUCAAUAUAGGAGGAGGCUUGGUUUUGAGCAGGUAGUGGUAAAUGUAUCAAAUAAAAUAUGGAUCUUUAUUGAUCAGAAGUAUGACUUUGACAUCCUAUUCAACAUGGAGCAACAGAUUACUUUGAAGAUGGUUGACACUGAUGAUCAAAAGGAAUUCAUUAUUACUAUGGUGUAUGCUAAAUGCGACGCAAUUGAACGAAUUGAACUAUGGGACACAUUAUACUCAUUGGCUUCUGAUAUGUCUUUACCAUGGCUAGUGGGUGGAGACUUUAAUGUGAUCUGGGAUGAAGAAGAGAAAUUUGGAGGGUUACCAGUUCACAUCAAUGAGAUUGAUGAUUUUAGGCAUUGUAUCACCACGUGCAAUCUUUUUGAUCUUGGCUUUAUGGGAAAUGAAAAAGCUGAGAAAGCCUUAUCUAUUUGGAGUAGAGCUGCUUUUGGUGACAUCUUUAAGCAGAUAGCUAGUUUGGAGGAAGUGGUUAAAUUGCACGAGACUCAAUUUGAACUAAAUCCAACCAUCCAGAAUCGUGAAAGACUUCAAAGAGUGCAAGCUGAUUUGAUUCGAGUAUGGGCUCUAGAAGAAGAGUUCUGGAAACAAAAAUCAGGCUUGUCUUGGUUUAAAGAUGGAGAUAGAAAUACCAAGGUAUUUCAUUCUCAUAUGAAAGGCAAAAGAAGAAAGAUGCAGCUCAAAAGAAUUCAGGACAGAAACAGCUUAUGGAUAAAGGAGGAAGAAAAAUUGGCAGAAGAGGCUGUGCAUUUUUACCAAUAG